AUGAAAACCGAUAUAGAAAAGAUCAGAGCAGGAGGAGUUGCAGGAUGCAUUGAUGAAAUCCUUACAAAUAUUUACUUUUUUCAUGCAGUUGAUCUAUUGUACUAUCGGCCGAAUUAUAGUAGCCGAAUUAUAGUAGCCGAAUUAUAG